AAUAAAUAAUAACAUGCGCCUUUCUCAUAAAGUCAUUGUUCUUUAGAUUACGACGGCAUCUUUAAAAUGAUGAAUUAUCUCUGCUCGAAUAGUUGAGCAGUGAAAUAACACGUUAUUUCUAAUGAAUGAAUUCUUGACGUUUACGGAAGGGGUUAUUAACAUGAAAGUGAUGAAGCUCACUUAAACAUGAUGAAGUUAGUUUUAUAGUUAUCAAUUUGUGAUAGAUCGGUAUGACUUAUUUGAUAUUAUUUACAGCUAGUCUCUUUUUUGUUGGAGUUUUUACUGUUUUCCCUAGAAUUCUUGCAUCUAAACACGUAUCUGCUGUUAAAAGAAUAAAACACUUAGAAGAACAACUUUAUAAUCAUUUAAAAGAAGAGUAUCCAGGCGCCUUUGUCAAUGAGGACCAAUUUCAUCUUCGUCAGUCAUUUACGUUACAGACAUACAAAAGGAGAAAGAACUUGAAUAAAGAACUUCUCUCAGAAAUAAACAAAUUAAACCUAGAAUCGUUGUCCUCAGAAGAUAAAAUAAAUCUUCGAAUCUUACGGGACUAUGUGAAAACAUUUGUCAGAGGUCAUAGAUGGGUAAUGUAUGGUGCCUUGAAUCCUUUCAAUAAUCUAGAAGGUAUAUAUUCUACAGACUUGGAACAUUUACCCGUACAGAUUUAUGAACAGAUAUCAUUGAUGAGGAAGGCUAUUAGAUUAAAAAGAACAAACUAUUUGUCAUCAAUGGUGAGUGUGAUAGAAAGAUUACAGAAUGACAUGAAUCUACAUCUAUCACCAUUUUUGUCACAGAAUAAUAGUAGUAUUGUUCAAAGAUCGUUUCAAGACAAAGGAAUUUUAAGACAAGUUCAGAUGGCUUAUGAAGCUUAUGUUGAACUUGACUCUUUCCUUGUUAACGAAUACAUUCCAGCUACCCGAAAAGAACCCGGUCUUCACUCCAUGAGGCAUGGAAUAGGAUAUUACAAAGCAUGUCUAAAAUUCCAUACUACAUCAGAUAUGUCUCCAGAUGAAGCUCAUGUUACAGGUUUAGAUGAAGUAGAAAGAAUAGCAAAACAGAUCAAUAAGAUAAAAGAUCAGUUGAAUUUUCACACAGAUUUAACAACAUUUGUCAAACAUGUCCAAUAUCAUACAAGCAUCUCACCAGAUCAACAGUUUUUGAUGGUACGUGACGUUUUGGAAACUGUGAAUGAUACACUACUGGAUACAGUCUUCUACAAGUUACAGAAACCCAAAGUCGCAUUACUUCCAAUAAUUGAUGGGAAAGAUUUGUCACUAGGGUCAUACAGAAGUAACGUUUUCUAUAUGAAUGUUAAUCCUGCUAUAAACAGAUCAUCUCUACUGACGAUUCCAUUGGUAUUGCAUGAGGCCAAUCCUGGUCAUCAUUUCCAGAAUUCAUAUGCAUUUAGCCGAAACCUUCCACGCUAUCGACAGAAUAUAUUCAACACUGGAUUUCACACAGUACCAUUUAGUUACCCGACUUAUACAGCAUAUAUCGAGGGCUGGGCAUUAUAUGCUGAAUACUUAGGAUCAGAAAUGGGAUUAUAUUCAACAGUAUACGAUAAGCUUGGUAGAUUUAUAUCUGAAAUACUCAGAGCCUGUAGGUUAGUGGUGGACACAGGAAUACACGCAUUUGGUUGGUCCAGGGAACAAGGUAUCGAAUACAUUCGGAACUAUACAGGAAGUGACCAACAACAGAUCGAAAAUGAGGUCGAUAUGAUUAUUACAUGGCCAGGAAGGGCAUGUGCAUAUAAAAUCGGAGAGAUGAAAAUAAAGCAGUUAAGAAGACGUGCAAAAAGUAUUCUUGGGCCUAAUUUCCGUUUAGAAGACUUCCAUGACGUUAUAUUAAGGAAAGGACCUGUAUCGUUAAGAAUUUUAGAUGAUAUUGUUGGAGAGUGGAUUAAGGACAUUGUGAAUGCGAAUGCUUCAAAUGGAAUAUGGACAAUCACAUAUGGUUGUUACGCACUCUAUGCUAACAUCAUAAUAAUCUUCUUCUUGUCGUAAAUGUGGAUACUUUUAUUUUGAAACUGAUCUGUUAUCCGAUGCAGUGCACAUUAGGGAAUACUACCAUUGUUUAGGUGAAUUGCUUGAUUGGUGUUACAUCGUCCAAAUAAAAAUGUAUGGCAGGUAUAAUGAA